AUGGGAGUCCAAGUUCCUACUAGAGUUUCCACAAAGACGCACAAGCCAAUGCGUUUAUCAGCAGUGCUUAGUGGAGUGCUUCUCAAGAUGAAGGGACCGCCGUGUAAGAGUAUUGUUGUCAAGAAGAAGAAGAAAGACUCUUCGGGUACAGCACCUAGUAAAACCACCACUAAGGUGUACAAUGAUCUUCCAGAAGACGCUACGGCACAUAUUCUGAGCUUUCUACCAUUGCAGCAAGUUGUGAGAUUGCGUACAUUGAGCAAGCACUUUGCCCAAGCAGGCCAUUUGGCAGUUUUGGAAAAGCUACAAAUGGCAGGGUUCACCAACAUUACGUGUCCAUCCGAUGCCCUCUUGAAACUGACGCAACCCCAUCAGAAAGUGCGCAACUGGAUGCAUGCAGAAUACAAGGGAGUGGCAAACAGCAACAUCAACUACAAUAAGAACUACGGUGGAGCCGUGGAGGUUCUGCAAUUUCCAAUUGUCCACGACACGGAACUAUGGGACCGCAUGGGGCCCUUGUUGAACCGUCCGCGGUUGCAUGAAAAGUAUUUGUGGAUGCUACCAGACCGCAAUAAUAAUGGACAAGAACAAGCUGUGGGAGUGGAUUUACGAAGUAGCUGUUUCCGAGUUUGUGUUUCCAUCAAACAGUGCCUCCAAGAAUAUCGAGCCACACUGGAGGAAACCGCCACAUUGUUUUCGGAUUGGCACUUUCGUGCCGUAGAUAUCAUGCUCCGAAAGGAGGUGGAGACCCUUUUGGCUCUGCAAUCUCAAGGACAUGAAAUGGCAUGUGUGGCUUUUGUUUCCAAGCCAUCAACAUCAGAAGCUCUGGAAGGCAGCAUUUACCAAACAGUGGUCGAUGCCAUGGAAGAGCCACUGAUGAAGCAAGCCAUCCGAAUCCGGGGAAGAAACACGGAAGAAAACUCGUCUCCAUGUUUUCUCGACCUUGCUCGGGUCGGCAUUGUCAUUCGAGUACCAUGUGCAGAGCAUCAGUCUUUGUUCCAAAAGUUUGAUACCAUGGUCAAGGAACACAGCAGGCAAGAGGUCGCCAACUUGCUGAAUAUGUAG